AUGGAGAGCCGGGGAUGCAGAGCUGCAGCUGUCCUGGCUGGCUCCUGGCUCUCCUGCACGCUCCGAGCCCCCCGGGUGGGAGCCCUGGAGGACGCGGGGCUGGAGAACGUCAGCUGGGCUGCGGAGGAGGCGCCGGGCAACGACUCCUCAGAGCACGCCUUCUUCUCUCUGGAUUAUCAGCACGUCCAGGUGCCCUUCGAAAUCACCCUCUGGAUCAUGCUGGCAUCCUUGGCCAAAAUAGGGUUCCAUCUCUACAACAAGCUGCCCUCCAUCGUUCCCGAGAGCUGUUUGCUGAUCUUUGUGGGGCUCAUCAUGGGGGGAAUCAUCUAUGGAUUAAAUGAUAGAUCACCACCAGUGAUGGACAGCGACAUCUUUUUCCUCUACCUCCUGCCCCCCAUCGUGCUGGACGCCAGCUACUUCAUGCCCAGCCGCCCCUUUUUCGAGAACAUCGGCACCAUCCUGCUCUACGCGGUGGUGGGGACCAUCUGGAACGUGUUUGGGAUCGGCUUUUCCCUCUAUGGGAUCUGCCAGGUGAAAUCCUUCCGGCUGCAGGACGUGUCCCUGCUGCACAACCUCCUGUUUGGCAGCCUCAUCGCCGCCGUGGACCCCGUGGCUGUGCUGGCUGUCUUUGAGGAGAUCCAUGUCAAUGAGAAGCUGCACAUCCUGGUUUUUGGGGAAUCACUCCUCAAUGAUGCUGUGACCGUGGUGCUCUACAAACUCUUUCGCUCUUUCUGCGAGAUGCCAACCAUCAAAAGCAUGGAUGUUUUUGCUGGAAUUGGAAAAUUCUUCGUGGUUGGGCUGGGAGGAGUUUUAGUGGGGCUGAGUUUUGGGUUCACUGCUGCCUUCACCACGCGUUUCACCAAGGACAUCCGUGUCAUCGAGCCCCUCUUUGUGUUCCUGUACAGCUACCUGUCCUACCUCACUGCAGAGAUGUUCCACCUCUCCGGCAUCGUGGCCAUCAUUUCCUGUGCCAUGGGUAUGAAGCGUUACGUGGAGGCCAACAUCUCCCUCAAAUCCCACACCACAGUCAAGUACUUCAUGAAGAUGUGGAGCAGUGUGAGCGACACCCUCAUCUUCAUCUUCCUCGGAGUUUCCACCAUUGGAGAAAACCACGAGUGGAACUGGCCCUACAUUUGCUUCACGGUCAUUUUCUGUCUUGUUUGGAGGGCACUCGGGGUUCUUGUGCUGACUUUCUUUGUGAACAGAUUUCACGUGAACACCAUCACCAGUAAGGACCAGUUCAUCAUUGCCUAUGGGGGGCUCCGAGGGGCCAUUUGCUUCUCUUUGGUUUUCCUGCUGCCUGACUUCCACAGGAAAAAGCUCUUCAUUGCAGCAACAACUGUUGUCAUCCUCUUCACCGUGUUCGUGCAGGGAAUGACCAUCCGCCCCCUCGUUGACCUGUUGGCUGUCAAGAGGAAAAGGGAGAGUGCUCCCACUGUGGGAGAGCAGAUCCACAUCAGGUUCCUGGAUCAUUUGCUGGCUGGCAUUGAAGAUAUAUCUGGACACUGGGGACAGUAUUACUGGAAAGACAAGCUGGAAUAUUUUAACAGCAAAUACCUGCAGAAGAUCCUGCUCAGGGAGUACGACCAGCCCAAGUCCAGCAUCGUGCUGCUCUACGAGAAGCUGGAGCGCAAACACGCCAUGGAGCUGGCCCAGGCCGGGCAGCUGGGCCACGGCCUGGCCCACCCCUCCUUCCUCAGCAGUGACAGGACUGUGAUAACAGACCAAAAACUGGAGGACACUCCAAAUCCUGAUGUCCUGGACAACAUGCAGGAAAUAUUGGCGAGGAACCUGUACCGGAUCAGGAGGACGGGCCCGGCGUACAACAGGCACACCCUGCCCGGGGACAGCGAGAUCCUGAUCCUGCGGCACAAGAGCCUGCUGCUGGAGCUGGGCGGGAGCGACACCUGCAGCUCCAGGAAGGAGUCGCAGAAGGAGGACUCGUGCUCGGCGCAGGACGAGCCCAGCCCGCAGCCCAAGCUCUGCCGCUCCCUCACGGUGGGGAAUACGGAGAAGGUCCGGGAGGUGAAGGAGAGCCGGUCCAAGUCCGUGUGUGCCAUCCCACCGCCCCAGCCCAGCGGCACGGGGCUGAAGGAGCUGACUCUGGAGAUGUACAAACACAAAGGAUGCUCUGGCUGCCCAUGA